AUGGCCGGAGGAGACGCGUCGACGGGGCCGGAGGUGGACGCGGGCUUUGAGUUCGCCUUUGAUAACGAGACCUUCUCCAACAAGGUGCUGCGCAUAGAGGUCGUCGCCGCCAGCCGCAAGCGCCGCCGCGAGGGGGACGAAGGUGGGGAUGAAGAGGAUAUUGACUCUUCUUGUACUGUGAUGGGUACACCGAUAAUACAAGUCAAGACCAUACAUGUCAGUUCGGUGAUCCUUGCUGCAAAAAGUUCUUUCUUUCUGAAGCUUUUCUCAAAUGGCAUGAAAGAAUCUGGUCAAACCCAUGCAACAGUUAGAAUUGCUGAUUCAGAGGAAACGGCCUUCAUGGAGCUUUUAGGCUUUAUGUAUAGUGGAAAGUUGACACCGACUGAGCCCACUCUUCUGCUUGAUAUCUUGAUGGCUGCUGACAAAUUUGAGGUUGUUUCUUGCAUGAAGCUCUGCGGUCAUCGGCUCAUAGACCUUCCUAUGAACCUAGAAUCGGCAGUGAGGUGCCUAGAUCUCCCAUGUUGCAUUUCAAUGGCAGCUGCCCUCCAAGAGGCAGCCCAGAAAUUCUUUGCUGAAAGUGAAAGGUACAAGAAAUUCCCGGAGUUCCAAGAUGAACUAAUGAGGAUCCCUUUCCCUGGGAUUAUGGCCAUCUUGACAAGGAAUGACCUUGAGGUUGCAUCUGAAGUAGCCGCCUAUGACUUUGUGAUCAGGUGGGCCUGUUCAUGGUACCCAAAUUCGGAGGAAAGUCGCAGGAUCUUGAGUUCUUUUUUAAUUCCAACAGUGAGUGUACACAAGGCAAAUGCCUUAUUGUCAGAUUUCAUACAAAGCAUGAAGAGUAUUCUGAAGCUGUAGUGGUUGCGUGCCUUAGCCACUAGCUUGAUGUGCCUUGCCCCUAUUCCCUUCCUGUUUCUGCGAGCGAGGAGAAGCCCCUGCCCUUUUGAACCAUUCAGAACCUGAACUGUGAUGCUCUAGUUAUUUGCUAGCAUUUGCUCUUCCUUUUGGCGACUGUAACGUAG